AUGAGGGUGACCGAACUGAGGCAGAGGCUGGCCCAGGAGCCAGAAGAGAAGUUAGAUCAGGGCUGUGCAGGGGACUCCCUGGAUCAUUGGGUGACAGGGAGUUCUGCCUAUGGGCCACAGAGCAAGACUCAAGGAAAAGGCAGCUGCAACAAUCUCAUGGUCACUAACAGUCCAAUGAUGGUGCAAAGACUGGGCCCAAUAUCCCCUCCAGCAAACCAAGCAGCAACAGCUUGCAAUCAGAUCAGCCCCAGCUUUCAGAGGAAUCUAAACCUCCAGCACUUAGCAAUACCUCCAUCUGAUACCAGGUCCCUAAUGUCAAGAGAAUCUCUUGCUUCGACAACUUUAAGCCUUUCCGAAAGUCAUUCUACAAUGAGCGUGAAACAAGAGUGGUCUCAUGCAUAUAGGAUCAUUCCCUCUAAUCAUGGUUCACAGAACAGUAGUGAGACAGGUGAUAUGCUUAGCAUUCCUCCAGGAACAUCUAUGUCUAAUAAUACUGUUACCAAUCCAUUGCCUUCAUAUUUAUUUGGCUUAGAGAAUAAUUCUUCACCUUAUCCUAGUCCAAGGCAUUCUUCUCCAAGAUCACAUUCAGCUCGAUCAAAGAAAAGAGCUCUUUCGUUGUCCCCUUUGUCUGAUGGUAUAGGAAUAGAUUUUAAUACCAUUAUCCGAACUUCACCAACCUCAUUAGUUGCAUACAUAAAUGGCUCAAGAGCUUCCCCAGCCACUAUGUCACCUCAGCCUGAAGUUUAUGGGCAUUUUUUAGGAGUCAGGGGAAGUUGCAUUCCUCCAACAUAUCCUGGAAUAAACUCUCAGAAAAGUCUUCUCGCCAUCAGUGAUAAUGUAUCCAUUCCUGAAAAUGAAUAUCAGCGAAUGCAGCAGCUGGAACAAAGCAACUUACAAGCUGAUGUUAUGAACAAUAUGGUAGUUCGACAUGGCAUAGGGCUAAAUGAAGGACAGACAAUGGGAAUUUUAAAGAGUGAAAGGAUGGAUGACUUUCCAAGUGGCACAAUUGAAAUGUCGUCACACACUUCCCUUCCCAUAGCAGCUCCUUCUCCUCAUCAUGGCCCACCACCUCCUUAUCAUGCCCAUCAACACAUGCACCAACAUGAAUUGUUAAAUCAAUCCCACCAGCUAUCUCUUCCACCUCCUGCACACGUUCCUCUACUUGAAGAGGAGGGAGAAAUAGAUGAUUUUAAUGGUAAGCACUGUUGCAGGUGGAUUGACUGUAGUGCUCUGUAUGAUCAGCAGGAAGAACUUGUACGACACAUAGAAAAGGUUCAUAUAGAUCAGAGGAAAGGGGAGGACUUUGCUUGUUUUUGGGCAGGCUGUCCCAGAAGAUAUAAACCCUUUAAUGCACGUUAUAAGCUUCUUAUUCACAUGCGAGUCCACUCUGGGGAGAAACCAAACAAGUGCACGGUAAGUACUGAAAACUUUAAUCAGUUUAUGCAAGUCUUGUUUGCAAAUAAUUUUGUUCAUUGCUUUAAAAUAUUCUGACUAUCACAGAUAGCGAAACAUGAUGCACUUUAGGCCAGAAGGCUAGUGUUACUUUGUUAUAACCGGAAGAUAUUCAUACUACACAGUUAUAAGGCUCCUUGGUAAUCUAAAAGAUUCAGUUGCAUUCACUAGAUCUUCCAGGUGUUAAAUGUGCUUAUUGGCAUCAAUAAUGUUUAAUUUAGCUAAGAGACCACACUGGCUCGCUGAGAGGCUGAACAGGGUGUUAGUCCAAGCACCUGGCGGAUCCAGACUUUACAGCCACGAUGAUGCGGAGCCUGGACUGACAUCCG